AUGGAAUCACCUCCUCCCAAAAGAAUCAAGCUCUCGCGCAAAGGUGUAAUCACGAUCAACCUUCCCAACCCUGGCACACCACUCACUGCGAACUCGGUCGGUAACGCCCUGAAGACAGAUCCACCUGCCAUCUAUGUUGAAGUUCAAGGCGGCGAGUUCCGCUUCAAAUGCGAUGCCGAGGCAUUGAAGCAGUCGAGCUACUUCGCCAAGUAUGUCCUGGCAGCGGGUCUGAUUGCGGUUGAAAUCGUCCUCACCGUUCCCGAAAGAAUUGACCUCGACGACCUCAGACUCGCACUCUCACGGCUUCACAAAGACAUCAAGCAUCGCGAUGGCAGCAUUACACUCGAGCUCAAGCUUGCGGCAAAGAGAUCGUUUCUUCCUGGACCUUUGCCUCCGCCAUAUCUUCCAUUCACUGGGAUCGUCUUCACCAUCAGAUCUUCUCUGCCUUGGUCCGGACCUCGCUACAAGUUCCCCAGACGUUACAUCCUUGGUCUUCGCUGGGCACUUACUCAGUCAGAUGUCAGACGACAGACCAUGGGAAUCCCAGAACCUGCACCAUUAAAAGACAUGGCGUCCGGCAAGGAGAAUAGGAAUCCAUUCACCUCGCGCAUUGUGAAAUUGGUCGAUGAAGACGGCAUCGAGAUCUUGUCAGUCCAUGAAGCAGUCUUGACUCGCUGUGAGGCGUUGGCAGAAGAUUUAAAGCAUCUGGGAACGCUCGACGAGGACUACACCAUAUUGACGUCACCAAUUGCGAAGGAUGAGCUUAAUGAGUUGGUUCACUGGCUCUACAUGGGAAAGCUCAGUUGUGAUCUCGAAGAGUUGAAAAAUCUCCCCGAUGCUAGGAUCAACAAUGUCGUGGAGAUACUGGUAGGAGUCUACAGUAUAGCUGAAUCGAAAAAGAUGGGAGACCUUCGAGUUUGUAUCCUCGACACCCUUCGCGAUAUCUUCGAAUUUCAUUCACCCCGACCGACAAGCUUGACCUGGUUCGCUAUAACCGGUGGUAUGGGCGCGGAAGUCAAGCCUGUACUAAUAAAGCCCAUUGCGGACGAGAUUCGUUGGGAUGGUUGGGGAGACUAUCUCGCAACGCACAAGGAUGUUGAAGCAUACUUGAAGAUUCGGCCUUCCUUUGCAGUCGAGCUUAAGGCUAUGGUAGCGGACUCGCCGUAG